AUGGCUCCUCGUGUAAGAAAAGUAUGUGUUGAUGAUUUGAAGAUGAAGAAAAAGUUGUUCAAACAGAGAUUUCCAGGGUUUAAGAAGAAAGCCAUAGAGCUCUCUGUCCUCUGCGGCAACUCUAUUGGUUUCGUGUGUUACACUCCCGACGACAAUAACCUCCAUAUCUGGCCAGAUCUGCAAGAGAAACCACAAGCGCUAACGCAGCUGUUGGCCAAGUUCAAUGCGUUGAGUGAUCACAAAAGAAAGAAUAAUGCUUGCGAUCUCUACGACUUCCCUGAUAUCAAGGGUUUGUCGGGUGAGGAUUUGAGGAGACAUGUCGAUAACCUUGAUUCUCACCUACUUAGAAUCAAGCAACAAAAGAUAAGUCUACUAAGAAGAGGAAACUCGAAGAACCCUAAGCCCAAGGAGACGGAGGAAGGUGAUAGGGUUUCAGAUCGAUUAGGGUUUGGUCACGACGUCUUCGGUGGCUACCACGAAACAGCUAUGGGAUCUUGUGCGGUUUCUAGGGAUGUUGGUGUUUCGGAUUCUUCUCUGCUCGAUCCUUUCAAAAGCGAUUAUUUUCCGACAGAUAAUUUUGGGGUUUGUGCCAACAAUGGUGCUUGGGAUCUUUCUUGGAUGGAUUUAGACUUUUCUUCAACAUUGUUUCCUGCAGGCUACGAUCCACUUCUGGGAGCCACUGAUGAGUACCAAACAUUGGUCACAAUAUAA